AUGACGACCAGGGCCGGGAGCAAGCGACGGCGCGGCGAAGCAUCAGACGGGGCGAACGGCGGCAAACGCGGCGCUAGUACUCACCAUGUCGCCGCCAACAACGACGUCGCGCCUCCGCCCGCCAAGCAGCCGCGCGGGCUCUACCGCAGGGUCACCGGCCUCGUCGGACGCGCGGUGGGCCUCUUGACGCCAGGCAGACCCCGGGCGCCUCCCCGCAUCGCCUCCACCGCGGCGGAAGACAACGAUUUAGAAGCCGCGGCGGGAGCGGCGGCGCGCGGAGAAGAGAGCACGGCCGGGGAGCCCGAGGAGGGGAAUGAAGGGACGCCGGCGGCAGCAGCGGCAGACCCGCCCGUUGGCGCUGCUGCUGUAACCUCAACUCCCGGCCGCGGUGCAGCCGCCGCCACUUCUGCUCCUUCUCCUUCUUCUCGCCACGGCGGAGUCGACGGCGGUGCAAACCUCACGAAGGCGGCGUUCUUCAGCCCCGGAGUAGGCCAGAGGCGCGAAGGGCUCAGACGCCAGACGAGGAGAGGGGGGGCCGGGGUGGGUACCAAGGGCAACGCCAUUUCCAAGCUACCGUCCUCUCUACGGCUGUCGUCAUCGGCUCGCCGGGCUUCGGGAGACGGGCUCGGAUCGACGUCGCUUCGCGGAAGCACGGCAGGGGACGGCGGCGGCGGCGGCGGGGCAGAAGAGCUUGGCCUGCCGCCGGUUCCCCCGUUCUACAAGCUAGGGGCAGCGUCCCCGGCCCCGGCCGGACGAGUAGGCGGCGACGAAGGAGAAGCACACCACGAGCAUGGCGGUACCGGCGUUGCGAGAUCUUUGCGCUCUGGCCGCGUUACCGAUGGCGUUGUUGGCGGUGUCGGCGUCGGGGGCGGCGGCGGCGCCGCCGCCGUCGUGGGGUCGUCUGGUAUUGCAGGCCGCGCUGCAGACGGGAAAAGAAAAAGGAGCGGGAAGGGGCCGAGAGCAAGAAACGGUCACCUCGAAGCGAACGAUAUGCAGGAAGAGGAGGAAGAGGAGGAGGAGGAGGAGGAGGAGGAGGAGGAGGAAGACGACGACGGUGAUGAUGAUGAAGAGGGAGGAGGAGGAGGAGCUGCGCUAACCGCGACCGAGAGGAGGGACCUCUACCGCUCGCUGGCGCGUGGGCCGUACCUGUCCGCUUGGGAGUCGCUGUACCUGCUGCGCCAGCUCAACUCGCCGGAGGCCAACGGCCUCAAGGAGCGCUGCCUGAAGAAGUACAAGGCAAGGGUUGCCGCCAACACCGCCGCCGCUGCCGCGACCCCGACUGCCGGCGCCCAGCAGCAGCAGCAACGCGGCAGGCAAGGCCUCGCAGUGCCGCUUUUGAGGCCGGUCGCCCGGCGCGCGGCUUUCCCGCCCGGCGCGGACCUGGCGCCGUCGGCACCGACGCGCUCUUCCAUUUUCCUUAUGCAGCCUCCCCUGGCCCCGGCCCCCAGGGGGCCUCUCGGUCUCCCGGUGGGGGCGGCGCGGGCGGCGGCGGGUGGGACCGUGGGACGUCUCGACGGUGCUAGUCGCGGCAGCCAAGCAGGGAUGAGGGAGACCAUGCCCCCACCACCACCCCCGGGAGGGGCGGCAGCGCGUGGGGGGGAUUCGGACGACCUCUUGACGCCGCAAAAGAGGGCGCAGGUGCAGGCGGAGCGAGACGGAAGAGGGCGGUCAUUCGCGCACGCGACCCCCGGAGGCGCUCGGGUUUGGAAGCCGGCGGCGGCACCGAACCAGGGAACCCCCUGGGCAGCGGAGCGGCAACAGCAGCCUGCACGCACCUUGGCGGCGGCAGGAGAGCCCCGUCAGCAAGGAGGAUGGGAUAGCUCGGCCGCAGCCCCUGGAAGCAUCGGGAGGCGUCGGUCUGGCAGGGGCUACGGUGAUGAUGCGAAUACCCCGGCGUCGAUGACCAGGCGGAUCAUGAGUGCUCUGGAUGAUGCAGGCAGCCCGAGCUCGCUACGUCGGCUGACUCUACCGGGACCGAGCCCCCCUCGCGACGCCCUUGCUCUGAGGCGGAGGAAAUACGACGACGCAGAGCCCUUGCCGACCCGCAUGCUGUCGGUGCCGCACCCCGCCAGCGGUUACGGCGCACGCGCGGCGGCGGGCGGCGUGGGCGUCACCCCGGCAAGACUCCCGCCUUCCCGGUGGGCUGCGCGCAAGAGCUACGGUGGCGGUGCCGGCGGCGGCGGCGACAACGCACCCGUGGUCGCGAGCAACGGGGGCGAGAGUGCGACGAGGCAGCGCCAGGCGGCGGCGGUUUCGGGCGAGAAAGGGGCGGGGGCGGCCAGGGCUGCUGCCCCCGCUCCCGCCGAGGAGUCUUCCCCAAAGGCCGCGCCGGGAUCGCGCAAGCGGAAGACUAGCGACGACCAAGGGUCGGGGCCACAAAGGGGAGAAGACCUCCCAGGGGCGGCGGCGGCGGCGGCGGUGCCGAAGGACGCGGCGGGCGGCGAGAAUGGCAAGAACGGCACCGGUACGGGCGCGGAUAUGGACAAGGCUGAUGAUGCUGGAGGUUCCGACUCUUCCGAUGACCUCGCCAUCGUGCAGCCGCGCCCCAAGCGCGCGCGGACGAGCAGCGAGGGCGGGGGGGUUGCCCAUCCAUCGAGCGGCACCCCCACGUCCGCCGGCGACGGCAAGAGCGGCCCGUCCCCGGCCGAAUCUCGGCAAAGAGUCGCCAAUGCUUCUUCUUCUCCCGUUGCUGCCGGCCCAGCCGCUUCGCCCGCCACCAGGGGAAAGGGCGGGGCCGACAACAGCGGCGGCGGCGUUGACAAGGCUGGCGCAGCAGCAGCAACCAGCGGGGGACGAGCCAACGGCGGCGGCAGCGGCAGCAGGAGCGGAGAGAAAGAAGGCACUCCGGCGGCGGAAAAGGAGAAGGAGAAGGAGAAGGAACAGGAGGAGGAGAGGAGGCUGCGGGCGCGGCGCCGAGGGCGACACGCGCGGUCCCCCUACUUGCACGGCGGCACGGGCGGGAGGAUCGACCCCAGCGGCGGCCUGCCGACGUCAGUACGACCGGUGGCUCUGGCUCUUGGAGGAGGCGGAGGCGGGGGAGGCGGUGCCAAGCUUGGUGGCACCCCCGUCAAAUCGGCUUCCAAGGGAUGGACGUGCCAAGGCUGCUACGUCAGGGUCUACGACAUGGACCUGAAGGCGUGCGACAUGUGCAGGAGACCGAGAAACUUUGGCACGCCUAGCUUCAAGAACCCUCCCGCUGUUCUUCCCGGGGGCAGGACCCUGUACACGGUGCGCGCAGGGCUCGAGGCGGCGGGCUUGGCCUCCCCCGGUGUGCCUGGGACUGCUGCCGCUACGGUUGGAGCGGCGGCAACGGCGACGGCAACGGCGACGGCCAAGACUGCGAGUGAUGCAACAACUACUGCGGCGGCCGCGACGGCAGCUGCUGCCACGCCUGCUUCAGCGCGGCCCACCCCCAGCAAGCCCAGGGUAACCUUCUCGUUCGGACCAUCAACCCCCGCCGCGGCCGCGGCGGCGCCGGGCAGCCCGGCUCCUACUGCCGCCGCCGCCCCGAAGCCUUCUCCUGGACCUGCUUUCAGCUUUGGCGGCGGAGGCGGUGGCGGCGUGUCGUCAGCAGCUGCGAAAACGGCUCCCUCUUCCGUUUCAACCGCGCCCGCCGCCGCACCCGCCGCACCCGCCGCCGCGCCCGCGCCUGCCGCUAGCCCGGCCCCCGGUCCCGCGUUUUCUUUCGGUGCCGCGGCCGGAGGGGCCAAGGGUUCGUCCUUGGCUGGGUCAGCGUCGGCGGCGGCAGCAGCAGCCCCUGCGGCACCUACCGCUGCGUUUACGUUCGGCCGUGCCGCCCCAGCCGCUGCUGCUGCUGCGACUGCUGCGACUGCUGCGACUGCUGCGACCGCCUCGACGUCGGCAACCACCUCCACCACCUCCACCGCCGCGAAGACGAUCGGGGCAGCCGCCGGGACUGACGGGGCUACCCCCGCGGCCGCCCCUGCUCCGACGCCGGGCUUCACCUUCGGUGCUGCUGCUCCUGCUCCUGUGGCUGCUCCGUCGUCUUCCGCCGCCACUCCCGCUCCCGCUCCUGCCUCCGGUCUGGCGGCAAACUUCACGUUCGGCGUCACCGCUCCGGCCCCUGCUGCAGGCACGGCCCCCCCGGCUGCUGCCCAGGCACCGGGCGCCGCCGCUGCUACGCCUUCGACGUUUACCUUCGGCGCUAGGCCUGCCGUCGGCGCGGGUGCCGCUGCUGCUGCACCGACCAAGACUGUGUUUGGCGGCGCUGCUCCAGCGGCCGCGACGGGGGCGGCGACUACGAAGACUCCGGGGGUUCCUGCGUUUUCUUUCGGUGCCACCACCACCGCCCCUGCCGCAGCAGCGCCGGCGGCCCCAUCCGCCGCUGGCGGGCCGGGCGGAAUCGCAAGCCGCCUCGGCCCCGCCCCGACGGCUGCCUGUCUCGCCGCCCCGAAGCCUUCGACGGCGACGACGGGCUUCGGCUUCGGCGGGUUCGGCGCUCCCGCGGGCGGCGGCGGCGGCGGCGGCGGGACUAAGCGGGCUUCUUCGCCUGCCGUCUCCGCGGGCUUCGGGGUCGCGCAACAGCCGCCGCGCGGUCCGUCUCCCGCCACCUCGGCGUUCGGCGCCGCCGGGGCGACCGGCUUCGGGGGCGCCGCGGCCCCGGCUGCGGCCGCUCCCGCGGCUGCCUUCAGCUUUGGGCAGAAGCCGGCAGCGGGGGCGCUGUUUGGCGCCGCCGGUGCGGCUGCCGGUCCCCCGCCCCCCGCCGCGGCGUUCUCCUUCGGUGCCCCGGCGCAAGCGACCGGAGGGUUCGGCGCCCCCGCCCAGGGAUUUGGCGCGCCGGCGCCGGCGGCGACGGGGGUUGUCGCCCCGCCGGGGGGAGGGUUUGGGGCCGCGGGAGGAGGUUUUGCGGCGGGGGUGCCGGGUGCCGCGGCCCCCGGUACCAGCGGGUUUAGCGUGGGGGCCGGGGCCGCCCCGACGAACCCGAAGGCGGGCCGGAGGAUUGUGAAGGGCCGUAGGCUGAAACCCCGGCGGGGAUGAUUGGAGUCUCGCUAGGGGAAAAGUCAGGGGGUAGGCUACUGCGUGAGACGGGGAUGGUUCUGGGCCCGGCCUCGAGCUGCUUUGCUGUGCCAAAGGGAGGCUCUCUCGGGCUCUUUUUUUUUUUUUCAAGCUGCUCGGACAGCUUUUUGGCAUGGGCCCCAAUCAAGGGAGGGGACACUCAAGCCCAGCAGCGCUGCUACUGUGUGUUGCUCCUGUUUGUCCUGGAAGUCGGUUUUACGCCUUUCGGCUUGUUUGGACGCACCAACCGGGGUCAUACCAGUUGGAUGCAACACCGGGGUUUUUACUUGUCUCCUUUGGCAGUCUUUCCUUUUGGGGCUAGGCCCCCGGCGAUCUCGAAUGAAUCAAGAACUACGAGGGCGGUUGGUGUAGAGGACGGCAGUGCCGCGGAUAGAGAACACGGUAUUUGACGACUUGAAAGUUUUUUUUGGAAGUGUCAACGGCAAUCGGGGGUGUGGCUGGCUGUCUCGUCUUUUCUUUAUUUCCGGUGCGCCUUGCUGCCCGCGGUCUACAGAGGCAUCGGAAUCCCCGGGGUCGCCACCAUCACGCCAUCGGGUGGUAGGUGGGGUUGGGUGUGCCUGUGUUUAUCGCUGGCUGUGGAUGAUCGUCGCCUUGGAGGUUGUUAACGGUCCAACAGCAGUAGACGCACCUGUUGCUGCUUACGUGAGCUCCGGUGGCUUUUAAGGUGAUGGAGGGCAGUGUUGCUACAGCAGUAUUUAGUACGCUCGCACUUGGGUGGGUGGGGUGAAGUUUUUUUUUUUUUGUUGGCGGAAGGUGGAUGCCCGACCUGUUUUGAGUUGCGGUGCGGCUCGUCUUCAAGCAGAUGCGAGAAUGUGUCUUCAGGGAUUCUGCUGGCAGUAAAGGCGGACAGUGACAAGGCAAGUAGACCGAAUCGGGAGGGGGGGGGUCGGGCUUCUGCCGUACGCAAGGCGUGCUUGAACCGGGGGCAAGCGGGCAGCUUUUUUUGGCAUGCUCGGGCGCAGUUUCUAGAUGUCUGUGGUACUCAACGCGGCGUGGAUAGGCACGAUGCUGCGUGGGGCAGGCAGUCGAUAGUAGGCUGUCGCGCUUGGACUGGAACAUAAAUCGAUUUCGGGUGCAAUACAGGUUCGUUCGUGGGGAGGGGGCCGGGGGUGAUGCUCCAGCAAAGAAUCAGCUGUUGGGAAGUGCGACAUGUCAGUGGAGAUAGGGUCGAGCGUUGUGUUUGAGUCGAGAGUUGCUGCUACUCGGUGACUUAACAGGUGCCAAUCUCCUUUCAAAAAAGUUGGCC